CAACAAAGGCUACCUUUAAAAUCCACACAGCAUGUUUGCAACGUCAUUCCUCUUCGUGAGCAACCGAGGGAGUAUUAGUGUUCUUUGGAGGACAGCUAAUUUUAACGCUAGUAAGCCUAAACCUGUUCGUUUUAGUUCAAUACGUAGCCUAGCAUCAUCAAGCCACCUGAAGAUGGGAGAACGUAGUAAAGAAGGUUCAUUUUCACACUUUGGAACAAAUGCCAUCCACGCUGGACAAGACGCCGAGCGUUGGACCUCCAAAGCGGUUGUUCCUCUCAUUUCACUCUCUGCCACUUUUAAACAAUCUGAACCAGCUGUAUGUCCUGGGGGUUAUGACUACAGCAGAGGGGGUAACCCCACCAGGGAUGUUCUUCAAGAAUGUGUUGCAUCAUUGGAUAAUGCUAAGUAUGCAUUUGCAUUUAGUUCUGGCCUGUCAGCAAUGCUGUCGAUUUGCCAUUUAAUAAAGGCAGGGGAUCACGUGGUCAGCAUGAAUGACCUGUACGGCGGCUCUAAUCGCUACUUCCAGAAGGUCCUACGUAACAUGGGUAUCGAGAUUGACUUUGUAGACUGCCGCGAGGUAACCAAUGUAGAGAAAGCAAUGAAACCAAAUACCAGAAUGGUUUGGCUCGAAACGCCGACAAAUCCGUUGCUUCGUCUCGUAGAUAUUCAAGCCGUAUGUGAAGAGGUGCAUAAAACCCCCGGGAUCAUCGUUUGUGUCGACAACACUUUCAGCUCGAGUUAUUUUCAGCGUCCUCUUAAUCUUGGUGCUGAUUUGGUCAUGUGCUCUGCUACCAAGUACAUGAAUGGCCACAGUGAUGUUGUCAUGGGUUUGGUUUCCACUAACAGCGAUGAAUUGAAAGAACGUUUGAAUUUCCUCCAGCUUGCUCUCGGCACCAUUCCAUCACCGUUCGAUUGUUACCUUGUGAACCGUGGUUUGAAGACUUUGCAUCUUCGUAUGCGGGAGCAUGCAAAGAAUGCGCUAGGUGUUGCAAAAUUUCUGGAAAAUAGUAGCCGCGUGUCGAAGGUCCUGUAUCCAGGCUUGCCUUCACAUCCACAACAUGAACUUGCAAAGAAACAGAUGACUGGCUUCAGCGGGAUGGUAACGUUUUUCAUCAAGGGUGGUAUUGAGCAAUCAAAACUGUUCCUUCAGUCAUCCAAGCUGUUCACCCUCGCUGAGAGCCUUGGUGGUUUUGAAAGCCUUUGUGAAUUACCGUGUGUGAUGACGCAUGCAUCCGUGCCAGCUGCCGAGCGUCUUGAGUUAGGCAUUACCGACACUCUCAUCCGUCUCUCUGUUGGUAUUGAGGAUCUGGACGACCUCAUUGCCGAUCUUGAUCAAGCUCUCAAAGUGGCUAUCCCAGACUUGGAUGCCCUCAAACAAUAAUCAUCGUGAAGCAUUGUGUAAUUGUGCACUUCCCUGAGCAUUAAUUUGUAGUACAGUGUACGACUGGUAUUUAUUUUAUAGUGCAGCGCACUUGCCAUUAAUAUUUAGUACAAUGCAUUUCAAUGCACUUGAAAGGAGGUAAAUAAAUGUUUCAAAUGAAUGAAUGAAUGAAUUAAACAUUGAUUGCCAAAAAAAAUUAAUGCAUCUGGUUUGUUGCAGCUGAAACUUUAGUAGUAAAACAUAUAGACACAAUCUGCAACUUGGAACCUCUAAAUCUCAGUAUUUCACUUGUAGGCACCCAUACCUAGUCUAGUUGCACCAGACCUAACACUUCUUGAAAUGUAUCCAUAUAUAGUCAGCAUUUUUUGGUGCAUUAGCAAACUAUUCUGAUAAUAUUUUUAGUUGAUUUGGAACAGAUAACUGGUGUUCCAACCAAUAUUAUUCAACACCAAUGGUGUACCUUACAGCUGAAACAGUCUAAAAUGCCAUGAAUUUUCCUCUACUGAGCAUUGCUCACUCUGUUUACAAUUUCCCUCCUCUUCCCCCACACUAUAUGUCACAUUAUAAUUUUCUUUCUACUACCAGUGGUAGUGCUAGGAUUUCCCCGACAGCAGGGCAACUUCCCCGACAGGCAGUGCAAGAUUUUUACUUUGGCAGUUAGCGCCAUCUGAGGGCUGUAGGCCUGAGAUGGGGAAGGGUUUGGGAGGGGUUCCCAAUGAGAAACUUCAUUAAAAUAAGCCUCUAGACGCUCAUACAGGUGUCAAGAAUCUCUUCGGCAUCAAAACUAUUAAUUUAUAUAGGCCUUUCAAAUUCAGGCCAACAUUUGAUAAACGUUUCAUUAUUUUUUUUUGAAUUCCCUGAUGAAUCUCUUCUUACUUCACUGACGUAGCCCCUCCCAGCCUCCUCCCCUACCCGUAGCGCCACCACUGCCCACUACUGUUGUCACAUUACUGCAUUUGUUGAUUGUGUCUAUUAUGUGCUGUAAUGAACUGGUCCUUGGGUAUUGUGUGUAUAUUGCAGCUGAUAUGAUGAUCGUUUUUGAUGGGUUUUUUUUUUAGGUAUAUUUUUUGAUUUAGAACAUCCAAGAUCUCAUGUCACUACAUGUCAGUACUUGCCAGUGUUCAGAUCACGUCUUGUUACGACAAUACAACUGUGGCGCCAGCAGGUAGGCCAAAUUGGCCUAAGCCAAUGGUGGUGCCAGCGAGAGUGUAUGGAGAAACAGUCUUGAACCCUCUUUGUCCACCUCCAUGAUGAGGUUGUUGGGCCUAAAAUAAUUUGCCUACACAAAUAACGUAAUUUAGAUUGAUAAUAUUAUGGUCUAAGAGCACAGUUUAGGCCAUGCUAAGCCAUAAAACCUGCCCCCAAGAACUAUACCAGGGAUUUUUAUUUCGGGACCUCUUGGUUGGGAGGUGGUGGCGGACAUGUCAGACCCCUUGUUGGUAAAUUUCUGGAGCAACAUCUGACCUGAAGUCAGCUCAUGUGGGAGUCAUGGAAAAUCUGUCUGGGUGAAAAUAUAACAAUUAUUUUCUAAGCCUGAAAGCUGGCCUGAGAAUUUUUUAGGCAUUUACAGGUGACAAAGCCUAAAAUAUUCAACCUCAGCACCUCCAAAGAUGGGACUGAGGUGAGUAGGAUCAGUCUGUCAGAAUAGGAUGGACCACCUGCUGGCAAAAUUUUGAAAUCACUGCUGUGACAGUUUCGCAUUGUAAAUAUUUCCCCAUUGUACUAUUUAUGUUAGUGAUCACUUAAAAAAAAAAAAAUACCUCAUCUGUAUCUCAUAAAUAUCCCCUUAUAUAUUUAUAAAAAUAUAUUUAUUGAUUUUGGCGAUGGGUAAGGGACUACUAUUUGGAUAAAGUUAUACUUAAAUAAAGUUGUUUGUUACCUAUGAAAUAUUUCCUUUUUUAUUUAAAUACUACUAUCCAUACAUUAUAAGCUACUGUAUAUGAAUAAUGAAUUUUGAUUGACUAUAUUAUGAUAUAUCAGUAUUUUUUCCAUUGUAUAACCCAUGUUGGUUUAAAAAGAACCCAUUAUUUUCUGAAACAGUUGCAAAUAAAAUUAUAGUUUGAUAGUCACUAAAACUGUUUGUCUUUGUUUUCACUAUGAAGUAUUUUGAUGUUUUUUGGCAAUGAAUACUGUAUAGGCAAGAAAAAAAAAUAG